AUUGUGCACAUUACAUCGGGACUGGUGGUAUACGUAUCGGCACACAACAGGUUCAAAGUGGGAUACUUCCACAGACUGGUUUCUUCCUGGAAGCAUUUGAAAUCUCUCAAAAUUUUUCUCGGACUUCAUUCGAAGAUGCCGCUACACCAGCUAGCGGACCCUUGGCAGAAAGUGCCAGUAAAACAACUGGCAGAGGGGAAAAGCCAUGAAGAAAUGUUGGACGAUAGUGAAAGUCAUGGGCCUGAGGAUCAAGAGAUGAGGGAGAUAGAGGUUACCAGCAUGGCUGCUGAGGGCUUAGAGAAAGCUGAUCCAAGCUGCUUUGAGCUACUCAAGGUCUUAGGACAAGGAUCAUUCGGAAAGGUGUUCUUGGUGAGAAAAACAUCAGGUCAAGAUGCAGGAACAAAAUACGCCAUGAAGGUCUUAAAGAAGGCUACACUUAAAGUACGUGAUCGUGUGAGGACAAAGAUGGAGAGAAACAUCUUGGUGGAUGUGAAUCAUCCAUUUAUCGUCCAACUCCACUAUGCAUUCCAGACAGAGGGCAAACUUUAUCUCAUCCUUGAUUUCUUGAAAGGAGGAGACUUGUUCACAAGGCUAUCCAAAGAAGUGAUGUUUACAGAGGAGGAUGUGAAGUUCUAUCUGGCCGAGUUAGCCUUAGCCCUGGAUCACCUCCACUCACUAGGUAUCAUCUACAGAGAUCUCAAGCCAGAAAACAUACUCCUUGAUGAUCACGGUCAUAUCAAGCUAACAGACUUUGGUCUAAGCAAGGAGUCGGUAGAUGGCAAGACAUACUCAUUCUGCGGUACCGUAGAGUACAUGGCACCUGAAGUGGUCAACAGGAGAGGCCAUACUACAGCAGCUGAUUGGUGGUCAUUUGGUGUUCUUAUGUAUGAGAUGCUGACUGGAGCAUUACCAUUUCAAGGACAACACAGGAAAGAGACCAUGGCACUCAUUCUCAAAGCCAAACUAGGUAUGCCUCAGUUCUUGAGUGCUGAAGCCCAAAGUCUUCUUAGGAUGCUCUUCAAGAGGAAUCCUCAGAACAGGCUUGGAGCUGGUCCUAACGGUAUUAAUGAUAUCAAGAGUCAUGCCUUCUUCGCAAGCAUCCUUUGGGAAAAACUGAAGAAGGCAGAGCUGACCCCACCUUUCAGACCAGUCAUACCUACCAGUGAUAUAGUACAUUACUUUGAUACAGAGUUCACAUCACGUACUCCCAGAGAUUCACCUGCUAUACCGCCCAGUGCUGGUGCUCAUCAAUUGUUCCGAGGAUUUAGUUACAUUGAUCCUACUUUAUUAGAAGAGGCAACGAAAGAAGCUGAAUCUAAUAACUCGCAUCAAUCACCAAAAGAACAGAUUGCAAUCAAGCACGCUCGAGUCUCCUCGAUCCUCGAUGAGUACGACUUACAAGAGGAUAUAGGUCUUGGAUCGUACUCUGUAUGUAAGAGGUGUACACACAAAGCAACAGGCCAGGACUAUGCAGUCAAGAUCAUCAAGAAGAACACCAAGGAUGUACGAGAGGAGAUUGAGAUCUUACUUAGAUACGGUCACCAUAGCAACGUCAUUACAUUGAGAGAUGUAUUUGAUGAUGGUCAGAAUGUGUACAUGGUUAUGGAGUUAAUGCGAGGUGGGGAGCUCCUAGAUAGACUGCUCAAACAGAAGUUUCUUUCUGAACGUGAAGCCUGUGAGAUCAUGUUAACGGUUACCAGGACCAUGGACUUCCUUCAUCAACAAAAGGUUGUACAUCGUGAUUUGAAGCCUAGUAAUAUCUUGUAUGCCGAUGAGACCUAUUCACCUGGUACACUGAGGAUAGCUGACUUUGGCUUUGCUAAACAGAUGAGAGCUGAUAAUGGUAUGCUGAUGACACCCUGUUAUACAGCCAACUUUGUAGCUCCAGAGGUGCUGAAGAAACAGGGUUAUGAUGCAGCCUGUGACAUCUGGAGUUUAGGAGUGAUUCUCUACACCAUGUUAGCAGGGUUCACACCGUUUGUUCACAAGCCUGAUGACUCAAGUAAGGUGAUCUUAGCCAGGAUACAGGAAGGUAAAUACCUCACUAUGAACGGAGGAAACUGGGACAACAUCUCAGACAGAGCUAAGGAUCUGAUCUCCAGGAUGCUACAUGUAGAUCCAUUCCAGAGACCUAGUACCAAGCAAGUCUUACAACAUACCUGGUUCCAGAGGAUUGAUCUACUCUCAGAAACCAAACUCAAGGCACCAGAAACAACUUUAGUUAAGUCUGCUGUGAAAGCAACCUUCAAGGCUCUCAACCAGGCUCAAGCUGAACAGGGCCCUCUAGAACCAGUAACAGCUUCCAACCUUGCACAGAGGAGAAAACUCAAGAAACUCAGCUCCACUACAAUCUAAAGCCUAUGUCCUGUAAGUAAUCUUGAGGCGUACCCGUCGAAUCACAAACCUGUCAAAGCCGCUGGACUCCGAAACUUCAAGCUUCUUGAAGAUUAUCAGAACAUGGUCUGAGCCAGCUACGUGUAGUAGCUUGAGCUUCAGAGAUCACACAGACUCAACUUUCUAUGCCGCAGCAGCUUAGCUUUCUAUUCCUUUGUAGUUUGUUUGUUGUCGUACGCUCAAGGAUGCACACGCAAGAAACGCAAACAGAUUUUGUCCAUCUGUACCGCCAAUUUCAUCACGAUACGGAUCUUCAGUUCUGUCCUAUAAAAUAGAAAAGAUGAUUUUUUUCCUUAAUUGCCCCCCCCCCCCCCUGAUCAUCAGUAUGAUACCUUGCAACCCUGGUACCUGUCACCUCAUAAGAUAUAUUUUCAAUUUUUUUUCUUUCUUCAAUUCUACGGUUUAUUUAAAAAAACAUGCUGCAGCCUAAACGCUGAAAUGUAUUUGUUGAGGAUACAUAUAAAUAGAACAAUUACCCACACAAGGUACCUUUGGAACAGUCUAACACGCCCAAGGCGAUAGCCAAGGGUGUUUGAACUGUUUUGAAGGUACUGAGUGUGGGUAAUUUUACUAAUGCCUGAACAAAA